UUAAAAAAAAUAAAAACAAUCCGGUCAGCCAUCAGCUCACGUCACCGUCGACCAAUUCCCGGCGAUUAUAAUCAAAAUCUUCAAUUAAUUGAGAUUAAUUCAAACUAAAAACUUCAAAACUACUAAUCACCUGAUCAAUUCACCAUGUUAGCCAAGCUCUUCCACAAGAACACCGCGCAGCAACCACAACAGCCACCGCCACCGUCACCGUCACCGCUACCUGACCAGCCGGAAACUUCCAAGGAACCGGCGGAGCAAGAGGAGGAUAAUUUGGGAAUAGGAAAAUUGAGAAGUGAAGAUAUAAAUCCGACGGUUGAUGUUCACUAUGGAAUUCCAUCAACGGCAUCAGUUUUAGCUUUUGAUCCGAUUCAAAGCUUGUUAGCUAUCGGAACUCUGGAUGGUAGGAUAAAAGUGAUUGGUGGUGAUAACAUUGAAGGAUUACUUGUAUCUCCUAAGCAACUGCCUUUUAAGAAUUUGGAGUUUCUACAAAACCGAGGUUUUCUAGUCAGUAUUACAGCUGAAAAUGAAAUUCAGGUGUGGGAUUUGGAGCAAAGGAAACUGGCUUCGAGUUUACAAUGGGAGUCUACUAUAACUGCAUUCUCGAUUAUUUGUGGCUCAUGUUACAUGUAUGUUGGCGAUGAGUAUGGAAUGGUGUCUGUGUUGACAUAUGAUGAAGAAGAAAUAAAACUUGUACAACUUCCUUACUAUGUUCCCCAAGAUGCAAUAGCUGAAGCAUCUGGGGUGUCCUCACUUAAUCAUCAGUCUGUUGUUGGGCUUCUCCCUCAACCUGCAUCUCAAGGAAAUAGACUGUUGAUUGCAUAUGAUGAUGGAUUAAUUAUUCUCUGGGAUGCUUCUGAAGAUAAAGUCAUUUUAACUAAAGGCAAUAAAGAUCUUCAAUUGAAGACUAAAUCAGUGGAUGACUUUCAUAAUGGCACAGGCCAUGAGCUCUCUGAUGAUAUAUCAGAAUACGAACAAUCUGAUAAAGAAAUAAGUGCUCUCUGUUGGGCAUCUAGUGAUGGAUCAGUUCUUGCUGUUGGAUAUGUCGAUGGAGACAUAAUGUUCUGGAGCUUAUCAACUUCUUCUCAUACUGAUGAGAUGUCUGAAAAAUCAUCGAAUGAUGUUGUUAAGCUGCAACUAUCCUCAGCUUCCAGAAGACUCCCUGUAAUUGUUUUACAUUGGUCUGCGGACAGUCCACAAAAUGAUGGCCACAGUCAACUCUUUGUCUAUGGUGGAGAUGCAAUUGGGUCUGAAGAAGUCCUAACAAUAUUGAGUAUUGAUUGGUCUUCUGGAAUAAAAAAUCUCAAGUGCAUCGGGCGUGUGGAUCUUACUCUCAAUGGGACUUUUGCUGAUAUGAUUUUGCUAAGAAAUGACGGUGUAAGCGAAACCAGAGGGACCUUAGUAUUGACAAACCCAGGACAGCUGCAUUUUUAUGAUGAUGCUAGCUUUGCUUGCUUAUCCCAGCAACAGAAGCAAAAUUCUGUUCCUUCAAUCCAGUCCCCUAUGGUCAUACCUACUGUUGAACCAUACAUGACUGUUGGAAGGCUAGGUUCGGUAUAUAGCGAUGGGAAGCUUUCAAAAGCUCUUUCUAAGACAGUAUCUGCAGCAAAAGUCCAGGCAGCACAUGCACGUAGAAGUAUGACUUGGCCAUUGACUGGUGGCGUCCCCAGUCUACCUCACAACACUGAAAAUUAUCAGGUUGAGAGAUUAUAUAUAGCCGGUUACCAAGAUGGUUCUGUUAGGAUAUGGGAUGCCACAAAUCCAAUCUUUGCACCUGUUUACGUUUUAGGACCUGAGAUGAAAGGUAUCGACAUUGCUGGUACAGCUGCAUCAAUAUCUGAAUUGGACUUUUGCUCAUUCACUUUAAGUUUAGCUAUUGGCAAUGAACUUGGUAUGGUUCUUCUAUAUAAACUAAUUGGGGACACUAAUGAAACAAGUUUGCACUUGGUCAAGGAAUCUGGAAAAGAAGUGCACACAACGCAUCAAGAAAAUGGACCUCAAUGCAUAGCUGUCUUUUCCUUCUCUAAUUCUCCCGUUAGCUGUUUACAAUUCGCUAACUUCGGUUCCAGACUUGCUGUGGGAUUUCACUGUGGCAAGGUAGCAAUGCUUGAUAUAAGCACGUUAUCGGUAAUAUUUGUCAUCGAUACUGUCUCCAACUCAGAAUCACCUGUAAAGUCUCUGGCUGUAAAAUCAUUUCCGGGUACUUCUACAGAGGAUAUUGAGCCUAAAAGCAAGGCCGAUCAUGUAAAGUCAGAAUUAGUAGUUAUGACCAAAGAUGCACAGUUUGUUACUGUAGAUGGCAGCUCUGGUACCAUAAUCAGCUCUCAAUCACUACAAUCUGAAAGGGAUUUAAAUGUAAUUUCUAUGCAUAUCAUAGAGGACUUGAUCUCUGAUAUGUCCAACGAAAAACAACUGAAUGUGAUUCCAAACAGCGAAGCAAAUAGUGAAACUGACCCAGGUGUCAUUCACUUUGGAACUACACUUAAAAUCGACCCUGAAACAUCAUAUUCCUCACAGAGGAUAGAGAACUGUCUUCUUCUGCUUUGUUUUGAGGAUGAAUUACACUUACAUCAUUUUAAGUCUCUGCAUGAGGGUGAUACCAACCCUAUUCGGAAGGUGAAUCUUUCGAAACCAUGCUGUUGGGCUACAACCUUUAAGAAAAAUGAUAAAGAGUGUGGGCUCAUUGUUCUCUAUCAGACUGGAUCCAUUGAAAUAAGAUCUUUGGUAGAUCUUGAAGUGAUCCGAGAGAACUCUUUAAUGUCAAUUCUAAGGUGGAGCUUUAAGCCUAAUAUGGAGAAAACGAUAUGCUCGUCCGAUACUGCGGAGAUUCUGCUGGUGAAUGCAUGCGAAUUUUCUUUUAUUUCUCUUUUGGCAUGCGGAAAAAAGUUCAGGUUUUCAGAGUCAUUACCUUGCCUUCAUGACAAAGUCCUCGCAGCUGCUGCUGAUGCUGCUAUGAGUUUAUCUCCCACUCAUCAGAAAACACAGGAUUUUCCCUCUGGUAUUUUAGGCGGUUUUAUUAAGGGCUUACAAGCGGGUAAAGUUGAGCGCAACGCGGAUCACCUGGAAAUUUAUAAGAAUAACUUGGCUCAUUUAGAGAGCAUAUUUUUGAAUCCCCCAUACUUGAAGCCUUAUGCGGACAUCAUAUCAGAUGAUCCAAAAGUCUUGCAGCUGAAUAUAGACGACAUUGACAUUGAUGAACCGCUGGUUGUCCAAUAUUCUCCAGAGAUGAGUAAAAAAGCUACAAAAGAUAAACGAACAGAGAAGAAUAAGUUAUUUGAGGGGGCUACUAGUGAUUCAAAUCCGAAACCUAGAACAGCUGAAGAAAUUAAGGCCAAAUAUCGGAAGGAGGAUCCUGCUACUGCUGCUUUGCGUGCAAGAGAGAAGCUUGCGGAGCGUGGAGAAAAACUUGAGAGGCUCAGCCAACGUACGGAGGAGCUUCAAAACGGAGCUGAGAACUUCGCGUCAAUGGCGAGCGAACUCGCCAAACAAAUGGAGAAACGUAAGUGGUGGAACCUAUGAUAAUUUGAUCCUAAUGAAUUUUUCCUGGAUUCAUUUGUAAAGAUUACAUAUUCCUUUAUUAUGUUUAUUACACUACUCAUUUGUAUACAUGGAGAUGUGUCGAAGUAAAUUCUCCAUACACAUAAACUAGUCUUAUCCCUGUUUUUCACAUUGUAUAUUAUUUUCAAUUGGGUGGGAAAUCCGAACGUAUUUACUUGUAACCUGUGUUAACACGAAUAUUUGUAGAGUUUUACGUCACA